AAUGAUAUUCGGGAUUUCAUGAAUGGGACCAUGGAGCUUGCGCAACGUGGUGAAAUUUGGGUAUUAUUUGAUGAGAUAAACACAUGUGACCAUCUCGGGAUGCUUGGACAUUUGAUUGCGCACCGGAUUUUUAAUGGUAAACUGAUUCAUCCAAACAUUCGAAUAUUCGCUGCUUACAAUCCAUACCGAUUGCGGACCAAGGCUCAAAAUGGUGCAAGUUGGCUUACCGGGUACACCCAAUGA